AUGUGCACUCUGUGGUCGAUGUUGACUAUGCUUAUAGUUGCUGUCAUCGCAUUACUUCUGCAACGUUACGAAGUCGUUCUCUCAUUUAAGAAGGUGUUUAGCAAAAGAUAUUGUCAAUGGAUUGACCAGAAUGGAGAAGUGAGCGAGAAACCUUCAUAUGAUCUGGCAGUAGGAAUCCUCUCAUCAAGAGAUCACUUUGAUGCGCGUGAAGCCAUCCGAGAAACAUGGCUAAAGGAACUGAAUGCCAAUAAAAGGGGACAUGGAUGGUUUGUGGUUGGCGAUACUGAUUGUAACCUUCAUCCAGACAACAGAGAAGACCAGUACUGCUGUAAGGAGUGGACAGUCUCUGUCCCAGUGGAAAGUGAAAAUGUCCAGGUCGUUACCACAGAAAAAGAGCCUGUUGGUAGACGUGAGUCAGGGAAAGACAAAAAACCAGUCCAGGUGUUACACUUCAAGGUGAUGCACCCAGUGAUGAUCAAUCAGAUUGGCUUACUAGACACAGUCUUAGUAAACACCUCUGCCAUCCAAGUGUCACUGUUUGAGCAUUCUACAGAGGAAGUGCUAUCUACAGCCACAUUCAGUGUAACAGAUCCAGGCAUACUGAGAGGACAGUUCCGAUACCAGCCAGUUGGUGCUGUGAAGCUACCAAAAAGCAGAGUCAGUGAUGAGGUGAUGUCUCUGUCUAGAUUCAGUGACGAGGUGAUGUCUCUGUCUGGAUUCAGUGACGAGGUGAUGUCUUUGUCUGGAUUCAGUGACGAGGUGAUGUCUUUGUCUGGAUUCAGUGACGAGGUGAUGUCUUUGUCUGGAUUCAGUGAUGAGGUGAUGUCUUUGUCUAGAUUCAGUGAUGAGGUGAUGUCUUUGUCUAGAUUCAGUGAUGAGGUGAUGUCUCUGUCUAGAGUCAGUGAUGAGGUGAUGUCUUUGUCUAGAUUCAGUGAUGAGGUGAUGUCUUUGUCUAGAUUCAGUGACGAGGUGAUGUCUUUGUCUGGAUUCAGUGACGAGGUGAUGUCUUUGUCUAGAUUCAGUGAUGAGGUGAUGUCUUUGUCUAGAUUCAGUGAUGAGGUGAUGUCUUUGUCUUGA